UUCACUGUACAAGACCUCUCCUCUUCACUUGCCUGCAGGGAGGACGAUGCAUCAAUGGCCUUGACAACAGCAGUACAUGUGUUGGUGUUUACACUGCUGUAUGUGGCAGUGGUACUGGGUCAGAAUGGAUGGGGUGUGACCUACUCCACUCAGAGUAUCUGUGUCUUGAAGGGGUCAACAGUGGAGCUUAGCUGCACCUACAAGUAUCCAAGUGGUCAUAAAGUCGCAUCAACCUUCUGGUUCACUAGAGAUUUUGUGAAUCUGAGUGAUGAACCAGACUAUAGAGGUCGUGUGACAUAUCGUAACAAUACAAAUAACCACACCCUGAUGAUCACAGACCUGAGAGAGAGUGACUCGGCUGAGUACAAGUUCAGAUUCAUAACAGAUCAGACUGGAGGGAAAUGGUUCGGCCAACCUGGAGUAAAACUGACUGUCAAAGGUCUACAGGUGAAGUUGACUCCUGCUACAGUGACUGAGGGACAGAAUGUAACACUGACCUGUAUCACAUCAUGUCCUCUGACUGACACCCCCACCUACAUCUGGUACAAGAAGAAUGUAACCUCACCAAAAGCAUCAGGACAGAGUUAUAGCAUCAGUAACAUCACAUCUGAGGACAGUGGAGAAUAUUACUGUGAGGCUCAGAAUAUAUAUGGACGUCCCAACUCUUCUACUGUCUCUGUGGAUGUUCAAUAUGCUCCAAAGAACAUCUUAGCAUCAGUCAGUCCCUCUGGUGAAAUAGUGGAAGGCAGUUCAGUGUCUCUGACCUGCACCAGUGAUGCCAACCCACCUGUGGACAAAUACACCUGGUACAAGAAGAAUGUAACCUCACCAAAAGCAUCAGGACAGAGUUACAGCAUCACUAACAUCACAUCUGAAGACAGUGGAGAAUAUUACUGUGAGGCAACAAAUGCUAUUGGAAACAAAACUUCAGCUGUUGUUUGUCUUAUGGUUUUGAAGAAACAAUCCUAUGAAAUGCUUGUGGUUGUGGGAAUCACAGUGGUUAUUCUGGUUCUCAUCCUCUGUCUCUCUGGCUUCAUCUGUUUCAGAAAGAAGGCCCCCAAAUCCGUCCCUGACACAAAAGACAAAUCAGACAAUGAACAGGGAAACCCCAACCCUACAAACUGCAACAUCUCCAGCGUUGGUGUGACCUCUGAGAAAAGAGACCAGUCUGAUGACCUUCACUACACCGGCGUUGACAUCCACCGGGCCAAGAUGCAGGACGUCCCUCUGUACAGCAACGCCCAAACCCAGGAACAGGAUGAGGAUGUCCAGUACGCCGCCGUGAAGUUCAACCCUCCCAGCGCUGCCACUCAACCGGCAAUGCAUGGAGUUGAGGAAGAACCCUCUGUGUUGUACAGCACAGUCAACAUCCUCAGAAUUAAUAGGACCUGAACACAUCAAGACCCUGAACAAAGAUGACCUGAACACAACAAAACCAGAACCAAGAGAACCUGACCAAAACAAGACCUGAACCAAAAGGACCUGAACACAACAAGACCAGAACCAAGAAGACCUGAACAAAACAUGACCAGAAUCAAGAGGACCUGAAAACAACUGUAUUUGAAUGAAAGACGUUAAACGAAAACACACUGUGUAUUUACAGAUUUACCCAAACCUAAUUAUCCUGUGUCUGACUUGGUCAGAUUAAAACUGUGGCAGUUGUCUCUUCGAUAACUGGUCAGAUCACACCCUGUGUCCAUGGAAAUAUGUAAGAAUAUGUGAAAUAGCGACCAGACCUGAGAUAAUAAUUGAAUUAAAAAAUAUCCAGGAGACAAUAAAGCCAACUGAAAUGGUAAACUGACAGGGAUUUGUUCUCCAUAUAAGUGGUGGGUGUGGAACAGGCAGGAAGUUACCAAACAUAGAGAUUACUGAAGAUGGACUUGACAGACACACACUCACAAACAUACCCACAUUCUCACACAUUCACAAACAGAAGUACACACAUACGCACAACACAACAUUGAUAUGUU